AUGCGCAUAUAUGAUUAUGGGACACACUCAACAAAAACAAUCAGUGAAGUAAAUGGCUCGGGGAGAAAACCAUACAGGCAAAGAGGAACCGGGCGAGCAAGGCAUGGGACUUUACGGGGGCCUCAGUUUAGGCAUGGUGCCACCAUGCAUGGGCCUAAGCCACGAAGCCAUGCAAUCAAGCUGCAAAAGAAGGUCCGGCGUCAGGGACUGAAAGUUGAAGGCAAGCUUCUAGUUUUUGAGGAUCUGGCGGUUCCUAGCCACAAGACUAAAAAUAUUAAAAGAACAAGAACAAUCAAACCAUACUGGAAUGAAUUGAAUGGUUAUGACAAGAUCAGCAAUUUGGGUCUGAAUGUUUACAGCAUCCUGCAGCAUGAUACUCUUGUGAUGACCCGAGAUGCUGUUAGUAGGAUUGUCGAGCGGAUGCAUACUCCCAUCAACCGCUGA